AUGAGGCACGCCGCCUCGAGAUCCUUCAGCCUCUUCGCCUCGAGCCGCGCCGCUCUCUGGACAACGAAGCUCCCCGGCCCGCCACCCCGAGCCCGAGCCAUGGCAGCGACCCGCGCCGUCGCCGUCCUGCUGUUGGCCCUUGCCCCCGCCGGCCACGCCGCCCUGCUAAAGGCCAGCUCCGAGGGCACGUGCCCGUCGACCUCGAUCGAGGUGGCGCUCAGCGUCGAUGCGGCUGGGACCGAGCAGUGGAUGCCGCCCUGCAAGGCGACUGUGCCGGGCCAGUGCGUCUCGGCCGGCGUGGACACCAGCUCGUUCCCCGUGACCAAGCUGAAGAUCUGCGGCCCGGGCAAGUUUAGCAUCUCCCGCAUGAGCUGCGACCGCCACGACUACAAGGCCGAGACCUACGUGCACCCCACCAACGAGUACACGGCGACUGACUGCAAGGUGUACGACAUGACCGGCACGAACGUUCAUGGCUACGUCGGGAGCUUCUCCUACGAGUGCGACACCACUGCUCGCUGA